CCGCGGGAUGCAGAGCCGGCCGUGUCCAGUCCCUGCGUCGUGCCGCACGGCCGGCACACUGGCCCGUGCGGCCGCGAGCCGAGCCAGGAAGCUGCUCAGGGCCGCAAAUGCAGUUUCGCAGCAGUGACGAGGGCGCGUCAGGCAACCACCACCACACCCCAGCAAGCAUCCGCGCCCGCCAUGGUGAGCGCCCAGCACUCGACGUCGCUCUCCAAAGCGCCGCUGCGCAUCGCCGUGGGCGCGCCCGCCGUGUCGGCCGCGCGGCCCUGCCUCGGCAGCCUCCAGGACGACGAGGCAGCAGCAUCAGACAAGGUCGCGCUGCCCAGCGGCGCCGUGUACGUGCCCAAGCGCCUCUACUCGGGCUUCCUCGAGCACCUCGGACGCUGCAUCUACGGCGGCAUCGUCAACGACCCCGCCGAGCCGAGCCCACAGGAGCUCCUGGCGCCGCUCGAGUGGAAGGCCGACCCGGCGGCCGACUCGGCACUGACGCUGCCGGGCCGCCUGCCGCUGCGCAUCGAUGUGCUGCACGAGCUGGCGCGCGAGAUGGGCGUCAAGCGCCCGCUGCUGCGCUGGCCCGGCGGCAACUACGUGAGCAACUACCACUGGCAAGACGGCAUCGGCCCGCUCUCCGAGCGCCCGACGCGCAUCGAGCUGGCGUGGCACUCGACGGAGACGAACCUCUUCGGCACAGACGAGUUCAUCGAGUACUGCCGUCUGCUCGGCGUCGAGCCGUACCUGUGCCUCAACAUGGGCACGGGCACGCUCGACGAGGCACUCGCCUGGCUCGAGUACUGCAACGGCACGGGCAACACGCACUGGGCCAACCUGCGGCGCAAGCACACCGGCCGCGACGCGCCGCACGCCAUCCGCUUCUGGGGCCUGGGCAACGAGAUGUGGGGCGAGUGGCAGGUCGGCCGCAUGAACGCCGACGAGUACACGCGCACGGCGCAGCGCUGGGCGCACGCACUCAAGCUCGUCGACCCCAGCAUCGUGCUCGUGUCGUGCGGCAAGGAGGGCGCCACCGAGUGGGACUGGACCGUGCUCAAGGGCCUCACGGGCGCCGUCGACAUGCACAGCAUCCACUACUACUCGAUGCUGACGCACCAGAAGCACGUGCGCUCCGACGAGGCGGCCAACGAGCCGCUGGGCGGCGGCGCGUUUGGCGCAUACGAGAAGAACGUCUUUGGCGCCGCGACGGCCGAGGCGUUCAUCCGCACCUGCGCGCGCCUCAUCGACCUGGCGCGCAUCGAGCACUACUUCGACCGGCCGCUGGAGGGCCUGCGCGAGGCCGUCGGCGGCACGGGCAAGGCGCCGAUCGGCAUCUGCUUCGACGAGUGGAACGUGUGGGACGACCACAAGGCGACGCCGCAGCGCGGCCUCGAACAGCGCUACGACUACACCGACAUGCUCGGCACCAUUGCCUGGCUGCACGUGCUGGUGCGCAACGCCGACCGCGUGCCGAUUGCGUGCCUGGCGCAGAGCGUCAAUGUGCUCUCGCCGCUGCUCACCAGCGGCACGACGACGCUGCGCCAGGCGACGUACUAUCCCGUCUCGCUCUUUGCCGAGCACAUGAGCCACGCGCUGCUGCUGCAGCACACGCUCGCGCUCGACGUGUACGAGGGCCCGACGUUCCCCGCGUGGGUGCGCGAUGUGUCGCGGCCGGCGUACGUCGACGUCGUGGCGGUGCGCUCGCUGGCCACGGGCGCCGUGCACGUCAGCGUGCUCAACCGACACCCCACGGCGGCGUGGGAGGCGCCGCUGCUGCUCGACGACCACACGUUCGCCAGCGUCGAGGUGCACAGCAUGCAGAGCGACGACCUGGCGGCGGUGAACACGUUUGAGGCGCCCGACGUGCUUACGCCGCACGUCGCGACGCUCAGCGCCGCCGAGUGGCAGCAGGCGCAGGGCGUGCAUGCCGUGCCGGCGCACUCGUGGGCGCUCUUCCUCUUCCGCUAG